UGAAUUCGCGCCCGUUUGUCAAGUUUCAACUGUUCCCCCAACUCAUGUUGGCCACACUACUGAUAGCGACAUGUGCUGCCCGUCCAGUGGAGCGCACACUCUACUACCACAAUCAGACACCCGAUGCAUAUGGACACUAUAGCUUUGAGUUCCAGACCUCCAAUGGGAUUACCACAAAGGGGGCUGGCAACGAGCACGGCGCCGUGGGCGUCGUCCAGUAUGUUUCAAAAGAAGGAUUACCCAUUACAUUCACCUAUGUGGCCGAUGACAGUGGCUAUCAACCGGGUGGGGAUCACGAGCAGCCGCAUUUGAGACAUCAGCUGGAAUACAUACGAACACAUCCCGCGGUGGAUGAGCCCAAGUCAAGGCUUUGGUAGUUACUCGGUUUUAAAUAGAUAAAUUGUCAAUUGAACGGCUGGCAAGCAGGUGUCAGCAUGUGUGAUUAGAUGUCAAUUAAACUCGAAUGGUUAUUGCAAAUUGUCCAAUUUAAAUGCGAAUUAAUGUUUAUCGUUGUUAAAUGCAAAUCACGUUAACUUAAGCAUAUCUAAAAAUAAGAACAACAAAGCAAAAGCUGCCCGCUUUGAUAGCAUACCAAAAUAUAGCAACAUGAUAAAUAAAAU